AGCUGGCUGGGUCCGGGCUUGGGGAGUGCAACGCUGGUGAGGGACUCAGCCUGGGCGUGCCUAGCUGUGGGGAUGAGGCGAGGCAUCCAUCCUCUUGGCAGUUAAGUGGCUGGUCCUGAUCUGAGGGAUCUGCAAAUUUGGCUCAUGGGAAGAGGUCGCUGAAUCCUGCGUCUCCCAUUAAACGGAUACUGGCGUUGCUGAUACGAGGUUCGCAUGGAUCCCUGUCCUUUGCCGGGGUUUUUAAUCUAGCUAUUAAAGAAACUAGAGAAUAACAAGCAAGUAAGGGUGCAAGGUCGCUGAUAGGCGUGGGAAACUUGUGAAGGAUUAGACUGCUAAGUGGUUUUCAGCUUUUUUCAUACUAAAUCUUCUGUGCUGUACCAUCUACAUAAUGAAUCCCAGUAUGAAGCAGAAACAAGAAGAAAUCAAAGAGAAUGUAAAGAAUAGUUCUAUCCAAAGAAGAACUCUGAAGAUGAUUCAGCCUUCUGCAUCUGGAUCUCUUGUUGGAAGAGAAAAUGAGCUGUCCACAGGCUUGUCCAAAAGGAAACAUCGGAAUGACCAGUUAACAUCUACAACUUCCAGCCCUGGGGUUAUUGUCCCAGAAUCUAGUGAAAAUAAAAAUCUUGGAGGAGUCACCCAGGAGUCAUUUGAUCUUAUGAUUAACGAAAAUCCAUCCUCUCAAUAUUGGAAAGAAGUGGCAGAAAAACGGAGGAAGGCGCUGUAUGAAGCACUUAAGGAAAAUGAGAAACUUCAUAAAGAAAUCGAACAAAAGGACAACGAAAUUGCCCGCCUGAAAAAGGAGAACAAAGAAUUGGCAGAAGUAGCAGAACAUGUACAGUAUAUGGCAGAGCUAAUAGAGAGACUGAAUGGUGAACCUCUGGAUAAAUUUGAAUCACUGGAUAAUCAGGAAUUUGAUUCUGAAGAAGAUACUGUUGAGGAUUCUGUAGGGGAAGACUCAGAAAUUGGCACAUGUGCUGAAGGAAUUGUAUCUUCCUCUACGGAUGCAAAGCCAUGUCUAUGAAAUGUAUUAAUAUUUGACUGUUGAGAAUUUUACUGCCGAAGUUUACCUCCACUAGUUCUUUGUAGCAGAGUACGUAACUACAUAAUGCCAAUUCUGGAAUCAAACUUCCUUGUUUGAAUCCUGGGACCCUAUUGUAUUAAAGUACAAAUACUAUGUAUUUUUAAACUAUGAUGGUUCAUGUAAAUAGGAUUUUCUCAGUUGUCAGCCAUGACUUAUGUAUAUUACUAAAUAAACUUCAAACUCCUGUUGAACAUUGUGUAUAACUUAGAAUAAUGAAGUAUAAGGAGUAUGUGUAGA